AUGGCUGUAAGCAGUUGCCUCCGGCAAUCUUUUGGUUACGAUAGGAAACGCUUACGAUUUCUCUACUCCUCCACUGUUGAGCCCAUAUUCACAUACGGUUGCUCUGUCUGGGCUUCUGUUUUACGCACAAAGGCCGGUUCAAAGAAGAUCCGAUCGUUUCAGCGAUUGAUCUGCCGGAUGAUUACGCGCUCGUUCAAAACGGCCCCUACCGAAUCGCUCAUUAUCUUAUCCAAUAUGCUUCCACUUGAUCUCCGCAUACUGGAAAUAGCCACUUCUCGUCUGGUCUCUCAACCGGCUGGUGAGUUUGUCAAAUCAUCUAGCAAACUAAUCCUUAAGCGUCUCCCCCAUGAACUUAUGCACAAAAAGAGUGAACGAGUCAGUACAUUUCUUUCUACUCAACACCCACCGUGGAGAAUUUGUCUCUACUCCUCUAGCCUCUCUUACGCGUCUGUCGAUCUUUUUCCAUGCGCGCUAAACACCCUUCGCUGCUAUAUUCGUGUGUUUCUGAACUCUGGCGCUGCUGGACUUUGCGUAGUCUUCACAAACUCCGCGGCUGUAAUCAGGAUACUUAAUCUGUCGCUACCCCCCUCAAUCUCUUUCCGCAGUGGACUGAGCGUCGCUCUUGCUGAGGCCAUUGAGACUAUAAAGGAGCUGAGGCCUAAGUAUACCAGCAGUGAAAUUAUCUUAGUUGAG